AGACAGCCGCAAAAAAGACGCGAUCAGAGACAAGAGACCUAGCAAGUUCAAACAACUGGAACAACAUUGUCAAAAGUGCAUUUAAAAGAUGGGCUGCAUCACAUUUUGCCUAUUGGCAUUAUGCAUCCUGUUUAUACAGACAAAGGGUCUCCUACGAUCUAGAGAUCUCCCAAAUGAGAUGGCAAAAUGCUUAAACAAGUUUUACAAAUCGUGUACUAUCGAGGAUGAGGUUGGCCUCUCUAUUCUGCAUAACUGUAUUCAGGAAUAUAAGUGGAAGCCGAAUCCAGAGCGACAAUAUCCGGUGAAGCGGCUCAGUCCAGGCGCUAUAGCCUACGGCGAGAGGCUGGCAAGAAGAGUACAGUCUCUAAGUUCUGGUCGGGGUAAGAGACAGGCGGGGCGCAGAAGAAAAGAAUACCGGAUGUUGAACGAUAAUGAGAGAAACAGGUACCAUAACGCCGUUAGGAGACUCAAAGAAAGCCAGAACGGAGAAUCUGAGUACGAUAUGAUUGCAUCCAUACACACCGGCGACAUAGAACAGACAGCUCAUUUUGGAUGCCAUUUUGCAGGGUUCCACAGGGAAUAUCUGAAAAUGUACGAAGAGGCCCUUCGAGAGAUAGACCCCAGUGUGACCCUUCCUUACUGGGACUCCACUUUGGACCAGUAUAUGGAUAAUAGUGCGGAUUCGCUUCUGUUCACAGCAGAAUUCAUGGGAAAUGGCAAUGGUGAGGUAACGUCUGGACCAGCAGCCAACUGGCAAACAGAAACUGGCCCUUUAAGAAGAAACAUUGGUGUUGAGGGGGAACUUUACCUAUACGAAGAAAUUCAGAAUAUUACUACCCAAACACGGCUUAGAGAUAUUUGUGGCUUAACAAGAGAUGUACAGAGCAAUGGUCUGGAGUUUCAUCAUGGUGACAUCCAUCUGUGGGUUGGUGGCAACAUGGCGGAACUAAACACUGCAGCAGACGAUCCUCUUUUCUGGAUGCAUCACGCCAAUGUGGACAGAAUUUGGGAACUUCAGCGGAGUAAUGCUCGCCGAGCCGGUGUUGAUAUUGACAACGACUAUCCUACAGAUCCAAACGACUUCGGAAAUGAGUUCCAUUCACCAGAUGCGGAGUUCGGCUUAUUUAGAACAGACCUUCGUGUAAGAGAUGGCGUUCGAGGUCGGCUUAUUAAUGGAAUUUAUCAAUACGAGCAACCCCCAACCUGUAGUGCCAGAAGAAUGGACUGUGGUUCUAAUAAAUUACGAUGCGCUCAACUUAAUGGGCGAUACAUUUGCAUAUCUAAAACUCUUGAAGAAUAUCGAAGAGAUUUGGAAGAAGAGAGAACUCCUCCCAGACCAGGUGGUAAUAAUGGGGGUUUUCCUAGACAACCUACCAAUCCAUGGUUCAAUAGGCGGUGGUUUGGUAGUAAUAACAGAAAUCCCUCACGUCCGCAGCCACCCGUUAACCCCGGUGAACCAGAGGCAAUCACCUAUCCCCUGAUUGACCAGUGCUCAGCAUUUGAAUACAAACCUAUCCAAAACAGUUUCUGUGCUAAUGGCCGUAAGGACGUCAAGGAAUGGGUUUACCUCCCAGUUAGAGUUAUUUCUCAGAGGGACCCAUCAUUUACCAGAUAUGAUUCCUAUCCCGUUAGAAGCGGUAAUAUCAGAGCUGGAAGCGACAUUUACUCUCUGAAUUCUUACACCAAACUGAAGUCCGCUUUGAAUCCAGGUAGUCCAGAUUGCUAUCAGAAAUGUAAAUCCUCACAAACUGGAGCUGGAGAAGUAUUUGUCAGAACUGACGGGAUUUCUUAUACCGGAACAUAUCAAGAAUACGCCAUUGUAGACCAGAGGCUUCCGGUCUCGGUUUCAGUUGCUUACGUCGCCGUGAAGAGCCCAGUCCGAGGGAAGACCAGUGCUGUUGUUUCAGCGUACGAUUCCUGUGGAAGAGUUUGUCGUCCAUCUUGUUUAAAUCUUAGAACCAAGAAAUAUGAACCAUGUUCCGGAGCGAUAGACAUUACCACACAAUCGCCGCACUUAUAUGCCUAUUCACUGGGCGAUUCCAUAAUGAAGCUGUACGAGUUUAACGGUGCCCCUCAGUUCAACGACAAUGAAAUUUUCCUGUCGUUCUUUUGUGACUACAGCAAUAAGUGGCCAUGGCAGACGGUCAUCAGACAAUCCAAUAUUCAGCCCUCUCCUCGCUGGACCAGACCCACGUAUCCUGGAAUUCAAGGACCAUCACUAAAAAAUAAUCAAGUAGCUCCUUCACAGAAAAAGUUCCAUGGAAACAAACCACUUUCUGGCGUUAUAAAUCACUGUGACCUUGGUAACGGAUGCAUCAUACAAAGACCCGGAUCUUGUAAUAGUUCGUGCUCUGAAAACCAGAUUUACGAGUGCACUAAUGCCUGUAAUAGAUUUGCGAGAUGCUCCAUGGGAAAAUACUACGUUAACCGAUGUUACGGUGGCCAUUUUGAUUCCGUCAGCAAAAAGUGUAGACCAGGAAUGGGAAGAUGUUCCAUGCACGAGUAUAGACUGUAAACUGUAUUCCGUGAAAAAUAACUCUACAUGUGCCAAUAAUAAACUGCCUGUGAUAGUAUGCAAUGUAGAAGAUGAGUGAGUGAGUGAGAGAGAGAGAGAGAGAGAGGAAGGAGGGAGAUAGAGGGAGAAUUUCCCAGUAUACGUGAAUAUACGAAGUGUAGAGAUUCCCAUGAGGUACAUUGCGUACAUGAAGAAAAAGGGAUGUCUGUAUUUGAUUAAGUUGUAGACCCUACGAAGCUUGAAAAUAGGAGAAAAUGUAUGGGAAAAUUACAUAGGACCAAAGAACAAGCAACUAGUGAAAAGCCUAUCCAAUUUUUAAAAAAACCUCAUGAUUUUUUAAUUUUAAUUAAGAAAUGUUAUAAAUGGCUAUUUUAAAUGUUUUAUCACAUGUAUGUGUGGAAAACCAAAGUGAAGAAAGUAAUGUUAUUGUACAUCUGCGGUUUUUGUCCAAUUUGUUUACAACACAGAAAUCCAUUAAAAACCAAACAAUUGA